AUGAGAUCGCAAACCCUGUGGCGGUCAUUUGGCCUAUUACAGCGUCAUACACUCUCUCCUCGUAAAAGUAUCGUCCGGGCUAUCCAAACAGCUAGUUCUCGACCAGUCCCCAACUUCGCAUUUGCAUUUGACAUCGAUGGUGUCCUCCUCCGCGCCUCGAAACCUAUACCCGGUGCCGCCGACUCGCUGGCUCUCCUGAAGGAGCAAGGCAUCCCCUUUCUUCUGCUCACCAACGGCGGCGGUAAACACGAGACGGAGCGUGUCGCGGAAAUUAGCGAGAAACUAGGGAUCCCCUUGGAUGCUACGGACAUCGUGCAGAGUCACUCGCCUUUUGCUGAGUUGGUCAAGGGAUGGGACGAAACGAGCGCUCUGGAACACAAGUGUGUGUUAGUGGCCGGAGGCGAUGGGGAUAACUGUCGGCGCGUGGCAGAACAGUAUGGGUUUAAGAAUGUUGUCACCCCCGCGGAUAUUCUCAUGGCCAACCCUACUGUCUGGCCGUUUUCGAAGAACUUCAGCGACUAUUAUAAAACAUUUGCCCGACCGCUCCCGAGCCCCAUUGACCUCAAUGAUCCAUCGAGGACUUUGAAAAUCGACGCCAUCUUUGUUUUCAAUGACCCCCGAGAUUGGGCAUUGGACACUCAGGUUAUUAUGGAUCUCCUCCUCUCCUCGCAGGGCCGUAUGGGCACUUUUUCUGAAAAGAACGGCCGAAUCGACCUUCCCAACCAUGGGUACCAGCAGGAUAGCCAGCCCCAUCUGUACUUCUCUAACCCAGAUCUGUGGUGGGCCGCCGCCUACCCCUUGCCCCGUCUUGGUCAGGGUGCAUUCCGGGAAGCUCUUGAGGGUGUCUGGGCUGCGACUACAGGUGGUUCCAGCAAGGGUAUUGAGUUGAAGAAGACCGUGAUUGGCAAACCUCAUCAACCCACCUACGAGUUUGCGGAGCGUCAAUUGCUUCGGAACCGACUGCGAACCUUUGGAAGCUCUGCAGAGAACACGCCCCUGGAAAGAGUAUACAUGGUCGGUGAUAAUCCAGAGUCGGAUAUUCGAGGAGCCAACUCCUAUCGCAGUGAAAUUGGCAGUAGCUGGCACUCGAUCCUUGUCCGCACUGGGGUAUACAGUGGCGGGAGAGCCUACUUGGGUUCCUCAGACAAUUGCUGA